AAUUUCCAUAUUUGAUCAAACAACAACGCCUCAGAUAUCAAGCGAUUCAGCUGUUUGUUGCCUGAGUUUGAUCAAUGGAUGAAAAGAAAUGGGAAAAUCUUCCCGAUCACAUAAUAGUGGGGAUCUUGUCUUUUCUGGGACUUUCUGACAGGUUAACAGCUUCGCUCGCGUGUAAACAGUGGCGUGAAUGUUUCGGUUCUCCGGUGUUAUGGCAUACAUUCCAUUUCAAAUUCGUCGAUUCAAAAGAGUUCAAGUACGCACAAUGCCUGGAGAACCACGGUCAUUAUCUAAGAACCGUAGAGAUUCAUUGUAAUCAAGAAGAUAAAAUCAACAGAGAAAGUGCUUGCACGCUUAUCCUUAUGUUAAGCGGUAUAAAAGAGCGAAGGCUUGAAAGGUUUACUGUCAAGUUUCUCGGAGAGAAUCCUUUGUUCUACGCAGGACAGGAAUUUAUCGAGUGUUUACGAGUUCUGUUCGACAAACCCAACGAGGAUGUUGAAGUACUCUCGACGUUGAAGUUAGUGGAUCUAAGCAAACUUCCGAUCGCCUAUGGCGACAAUUUAAUUAACUGCUUGGUGGAAAAUAAUCGCGACUUAGAGUCACUGAAUAUUCAAAACGCGGCCCUUGUUUGCAAAGUCACUUCCGGUUGCAUAGAAAAUGUGCUUGACAUGUGCCGGAAGAUGAAGUCCCUCGCGCUUCAUCAUACUAGCGUGACAGAGGAGAUAUUGUUGUCUCUCGCUGAAGAGAACCGGACUCCCCUCAAUCACCUCUCUAUCGACUGUAGACGAGAGGAAAAAUUUGGAAAAGACAUAACAUCAGAAACGUGGGAAGUCGUUAGGAGGAAGAUUCCUAACUUGCGUGUCACGCUAGCUUUCGACACUUCCUGUCCGAUGUACAAGGUUGAUAUGAUUUUGAAGCCCGAAGUUCCGGUGAAAAACCUUCGCCUGGAAGUCAUGUCCCAAGUCAUUGACCAAGUUUAUUUUGCUGCCAUGAACUACAGUGAAACUUUGGAAAUGUUGUCGAUUAGUACGACAAGUAGCGAGGAACUCGAAAAGGCGUUGUUGUAUCUUGUCACGAGGUGUGAUAGACUAAGAGAGCUAUUUGUGUUCCAGUGUUACAUUUCGCACGACACGAAACAAAAGAUUCUGGAACUUCGUCCUCAAUUGCAAAAAUGCUAUAUCAAGACUAAGCAGCUGCCAACGAAUUGAACGGAAGAAUGAGUUCCGACCGAACUGGAGUUAGUGCUCUUUUCCUUAACGAAUGCUCGAAAUCAUGAUAUUUUCUGAGUCUGAAUAUUAUCGAACUUUUCCAUUGGUUAUCAGUCCGGAUUUGACCCUUUCACCGCCAAGAUCUCGUUAUAAGUUCUUUCUAUUCUCUAAUGUAUAUUUUGUAUAACCCUAGGCGCAAAGAAUUGGAAUUCAAUUUAAACAAUGUUCACAUGAUGAUGUUUUCCGGCAUGGUCUGGGAAGGCAAAAGGGUCCCAGAAUCUAGCAGUACACGCCCAGUCAUUAAGAGGAUGCGUCGCCCACUUCGACCCAGGGGGAAAAAAUUGGUUUGGAAUAAGGCUCAUUGUACAGAAUCCCUUUUCAGUACUAAGGUAAUGGUGAAAUAUUAGUAUUUCUCCCGUUUCUGAGUUCUGUUUAUCAUGGUGCCUUU